UUUAUUAGCUUGGCCCUUCACAUUUCAGAUUUAGACUGAUUAGCAUAUCCAAUGGCAUCCUUGGCAACCUUUGCUGCAGUGCAUCCCUCCAGUGUUAAGGGCCUUGCUGGGAGCUCCCUUGCUGGAACUAAGCUCCAUGUCAAGCCAUCUUCCCUAAGAGUUAAGCCCACAAACUCCAGGGCUGGUGCUGUGGUGGCAAAGUAUGGUGACAAGAGUGUAUACUUUGAUUUGGAGGAUUUGGGCAACACCACUGGCCAAUGGGACUUGUAUGGAUCAGAUGCACCUUCACCAUACAAUCCCCUUCAGAGCAAGUUCUUUGAGACCUUUGCUGCUCCUUUCACCAAGAGAGGUCUAUUGCUCAAGUUCUUGAUAUUGGGAGGUGGCUUCACCAUUGCUUAUGUGAGCUCCAAAGCAACAGGAGACGUUCUACCGAUUGUAAAGGGCCCACAACUACCACCCAAGCCUGGGCCACGUGGCAAAAUAUAAUUUCCUCGGUAUCACAUUUUCAAUCUUUUAAAUUACUUGUGUUCAAUUUUUCAUUUCAUCAGCAUGUGAUGUAAGUAUAUCAGAAUCUACAUGUGACUGUUUAUUAUUACAUGUAUUUCAGUACCAUUCUAGUUGUAUCUGAUUCAACCAUAAAGUCUCUAAUAACUUUAGUUCGAUUUCAAAAUAA